GACUUUAUGGUAUGGUUAGUUGACAUUGUGAAAGCAGUGACUUAUGGGACAAAGAGCUUAUAAAAAGAUAUUGUCUUUCUGCCAAAAUCACCGGCCUAAAUGCUAGCUCAACAACUUUAAAACCCUAGUUCUAAUAUCUCUAUAAGAAAAAGUCUUCUCAAAUUCAUGGUUCUCUCAACUGUUAUAUGUUUUUGAGUAUUGAGCCAAACACUUGAGCAUUUUUUUUUUUUUUGUGUAUUUUGAAAUAUUGGGUAUGUUCAGAUUGGAGUAUAUGAAUUGAAGUUGAAGUUGUGAUCAGAAGCUUUAUUUUGUUGCCAAUGCCAUUUCUUGGGGUUACAGAAAAAGUUUUGGUGAUUUUGGAAACACAGAAGCAGGUUGAGGUCCAUGUCUUGGUCAGGCCCAGAUGAUAUCUUCCUUUCCACCUCACUUGCAAGCUAUCUUGACAAAAAGCUUUUGGUCUUGUUGCGUGAUGGUCGGAAGCUCUUGGGAAUACUUCGUUCUUUUGAUCAAUUUGCAAAUGUUGUUUUAGAAGGGGCAUGUGAGCGGGUUAUAGUUGGAGAUCUUUAUUCCGACAUUCCCUUAGGUCUAUAUGUAAUCCGCGGGGAGAAUGUUGUCUUAAUAGGAGAGCUGGACUCGGGUAAAGAGGAGCUUCCCCCUCAUAUGAUUCAAGUGUCAGCAGCCGAGAUGAAAAGGGUUCAGAAAGCUGAAAGGGAAGCCACAGAUUUGAAAGGCUCCAUGAGAAAGAGAAUGGAGUUUCUUGAUCUUGAUUAGCAGUUAUUGCUUAAACAUCUCUCUCUCUCUCUCUUGUGCGCGCGCGCACGGGGGCACACAUGGGGGUUCUUGGAACCCCCAGCUCUCUUCGAUUGAUUCUCUUAAACAAAACAACCAAAUGGGAAAAGAUAAGAUGCAAAGGGAAAAUAGCUAUUCUUUCAAAGAUUUAAACCAGCGAAUUUGGGGAAAGGCUAGUAGUUGUCAGUUGUAUACAUGGCUGUUUCACCAUCUGUGGUACACUAGGUCUUUGAAUUCUUUCAAGUUAUGCCGAGAAAAAUGUUUAUUGCCUUGUCUAUAAUCUCUCCUGAUCAUGGGAGUUUUUUUGCAUUUUACACUAAAAACAUCGUUGUCAUUCUUCACUAAUGAAUUAUUGCAUGGAGCAGCAAUUUUGUUGUAAUCAUUCUCAAUUCAUUUGUAACAUGAAGACUAUUUUGUUGUAAUCGCUCUAGAUUCAUUUUUGGUAAUGGCCUCAUGUAGAAUGCCUAAUAGCCAAAUAUCUGUAAAAGAAAGGCGUAUAUAUAUGAAUCAAAAUACAAAUAGUUAUUUGUAUCUUUUAGGAGUA